AUGGCUUCAACCAGCUACAUUUACGUUCUCGUUUUUGCAGUAUUCUUCUUUAUGAAUAAUGACGUGUGUUAUGCUUCGCGUAAUCUGUUGCAGGCAAAUCCAACGGUGCCACAACCACAGAUACCCACCAUCCCGACACUCCCACAGCCACAACCACAACCACAACUACAGAUACCCACCAUCCCAACACUUCUACAGCCACAGAUGCCCACCAUCCCAAUGAUACCAACCAUCCCUACACUCCCUAAUAUGCCCAAAGUUUCCUUGCCUCCAUUACCUUCUAUGCCUACAAUUCCAAACUUUCCAACAAAUCUUCCCAAUUUUCCUUUCUUUGCUCCACCACCUUCAAAGAAAUAG